CACUCACUCCCAACCAAACAACAAACGUCGAUCACCUCUUCAGUCUUUAACCAAAACCCAACAACGAUACCCAACUUCUCUCUUUCAACUCAAUCUAACCCAAGCUCAUACUUUUAUUUAUGGUGAAGCAAUCGAUCGGGAAGCCGUCGGAGCAGAGCGACGCCAAGUACAAGGGUGUCCGGAAACGCAAGUGGGGCAAAUGGGUGUCCGAGAUCCGCCUCCCCAACAGCCGCGAACGCAUCUGGUUGGGCUCCUACGACACCCCCGAGAAGGCGGCGCGGGCCUUCGACGCGGCCUUGUUCUGUCUUCGUGGCCGUACCGCUAAGUUCAACUUCCCCGACAACCCUCCCGACAUCUCCGCCGGCCGGAGCCUCACCCCCGCCGAGAUCCAGGCAGAGGCAGCUAGGUUUGCGAAUAACGAGGCGAAUCCUCCGCCGAGGAGUCACUCGGAUUUGUCCAUGUCGGAGCAGCGGACGGAGGAGUCGCCGUCGGUCUCGGGUGGGAGUGGGACCCUUCUCAUGGACAGUGCUAGUGACUUUAGCGUCACGGUAAACCAAAACGACGGGACGUUUUCCGACUUGUUUAGGACGUUUGGUUCUGGUAACUAUGCGUCGGAGUAUGGAUUGUUCCCGGGUUUUGACGAUCUCAACGGUCAGUUUUUCACUCCGGCACCUCAAACACCAACCGUCGAUUACGGUGAAGAGAGUUUAGCUCAGGAGUCGUUCCUCUGGAAUUUCUAAGGACCAUAGGCAACACUUUAAUUUAAUCAAUUAAUUAAUUAAAUUAAGGUGGCUAAUUAAAAUUAUUACAUAUAUUCUUUCGCCGGGACGAUGGAGCUCUGGACAGUUUUAGAUUCCGGAGCUUAUUACAAUAUAUUCCGGUUAUGGAUGAACCAAAUUUUUGUGAGGCCAUCCUUACCUAUUGUAAUUCGAGUACAAAGAGAUUUAUCAGUGUGUGUUAUUCAUUGUAUUUAUCGAGUGCAAAUAUUUCAUUCUGUUCUGAUUA